AACUGCGCAGGGCAAAGCGACCCUCUAACCACGGUAGACAGUAACAGUCAUGUCUAACCAGAGUUCGGCGUCACAAAAGGGAGAAUAUUUCGCUUAGUUGCAUUUUAAUUAAAAUAUAAUUUCAGACCUAAGGAUAUUAAUCGAUACUACUCUGAUACUGCGUGGGUUCCAGAAGGCGAAUUUACCACUAAGAGCAAAACAAUCCCCCCCGAAAACGACUAGAACUUCGCCGAAGUUUCUUACUAUUCAUCAUGGAGGAAAAGAAGGAGGAGAGCGAAGCGGAAAUUCACGAGCACGGACCCGAAUUUUGGUUCUCCAAGUGGGAGCGCCAGUGCCUGGCUGUGGCCGAACAAGAAGAACCGAACGAGGAAGAGAUGGACCAAAACCAGGAAAAACUCUGGCAUCUCUUUCAGAAUUCAGCUACGGCAGUAGCGCAACUUUAUAAAGAUCGAGUAUGCCACCAGCAAGGGCUCUCGUUGUGGUCUCCAUUUCAGAAUGCUGCAACAGCAGUGACAAAUCUUUACAAAGAGAGUGUUGAUGCACACAAGAGGAGCUAUGAUUUAGGAAUUCAGAUUGGUCAUCAGCGACGUAAUAAAGAUGUUUUGGCUUGGGUCACAAAGCGAAGGAGAACUAUUCGAAGAGAAGAUUUGAUAAGUUUCCUAUGUGGCAAAGCGCCACCACCAAGGACUUCUAGAGCUGCCCCCAAACUGACUGUCAUGUCUCCUAAUCGACCACCUUCAUCGGACACCGUGUCAUCUGUAGAGACUGAUUUACAGCCUUUUUGUGAGGCCAUAGCACUACAUGGGCUAAGUGGAGCGAUGGCAGGCAUCAGUGUCCGGCCCAGCACUCCUGGCUCACCUACGCACGUAAGCGGCAGUUCAGGUGGGGGUCGCAGGCGGAAUGGACUGCACGAUGUGGACUUGAAUACUUUCAUAUCGGAGGAGAUGGCCGUCCACCUUGGAAGUGCAGGCAAUAGAAAGCGGACCUCAGCUCAGUGUGCUGAUGUCAUCACAGACUCCCCGACCCAUAAACGUAACCGAAUGAUCUGAGCUUACUUAUUGCUCUGUAUGCUCUGUGCUGCUUGAAAUAAAAGCCACUUAAUCCUCAACAUUUGCAUUACCCUGGAAAGGAAGGAAGGGCCAUUCAUUUGUAUAUUCAGUACAGUAUGCCAUACGGUGGAGGCUAAUUCACACCCCUUCAUCUUCAUUGACUGGUAUCUUUUACGUUCACCAUAAAGUGAAAUCUGUCAGUCAAGUGAUUACAAUAUUGUAUGUGUAGUAACAUCUAGACUACAACAGGAUACUUUUAGCUCACAAUAUCAACUAGUUGCGCUUCAGUAGUACUGCUAAGCUAAUAACCGGAUGUUUGCUUUCAGAUAAUGGAUUCAGCAUCAGCUCAUUUCCCAUCAAUAUAUUACUUUUUUUCCCUUU